GCAUAGAUUAUAGGUACUACUAUCUUGGCCAGCCUCCAUGGCAGGUAGCGGAGUACCUAAACCUACCGGCUGGUCAGCUGGAGCACAUCCGCCGCUGCAUAUAACGAAUACCGCUUCCUGCUGCGUGUGUGUGGGGGGGUGUUCCUGGCUAUCUGGUUCUUGCCUCUGUCAACCCUUGUUCUAGCGGCGGCGCUGCAGUGGAGAUGGGAGCGUGUGCGACGAAGCCUGCUGAUCUCAAGGUAGAAGGUGAGGCGCCGGUGGUUCUGGAGGACGCCGCGGAGAAGAAGGUCGCUGGUGUGGCUGUGGCUGAAACUGAACCGGCCGCCGACGGGAUUCGCCGGAGGUCUCUUAGCGACCUGCUCAAAGAGAACGACGAGAGUGACGUCGAGGCUCCGGAGGCGGAGAAGAAGGCUGAAGAACCUGCAGCAGCUACCGCUGAUGAAAAUGGAGCGACAGAGGAGCAGCUAGCAGUUGAGCCCUCCACUGCGGCGACCGAGCCAAAUCACACGGCCGAAAUCCUGGAGCCUGAGGAUGCAGAGGAUGCGCAGGUGGUGGAAGAAGAGAAACGUGUGGAUCCUGAUUCAGUUCAGAACGACGAGGCUGACGUCGAGGCUCCUGAGGCUGAGCCAGAGAAGAAGGCUGAAGAACCAGCAGCAGCUACCGCUGGUGAAAAUGAAGCGACAGAGGAGCAGCUAGCAGUGGAGCCCUCCAUUGCGACGACCGAGCCAAAUCACACGGCCGAAAUCCUGGAGCCUGAGGCCGCAGAGGAUCCCCAGACACAUGCGCAGGCGGUGGAAGAAGAGAAGCGUGUGGAUCCUGAUUCAGUUCAGGUUACUGUUGUUGUUUCUGCUGAAAGUGCUGAACAGAGCAAGGUCGUCGCCGAUGCGUCUGCCUGAAUUAUUAUUUAUUUAUUGUGAGGAAAUAUUUAUGCCCCUGAGAUUGAUAAUGGUUUUUUUUGUUCAUUUCCGUGCUGUAAUGCUCAGUUUUUUUCCUUUUUGUUUUUCUGUGUAUGCAUUGCAUGCCCGGUGGUGUAAUAGCUAGAUUUUAUUGCCAUUUCUCUGUUUAUGCAACCUCAUCACUA